GUUCCAGCUCUAAGCAUAAUAGGUGAAAAUUGUUGCUGAUUUUUGGCAAGAAACCGCUGGAAAACGCCACUACAAAAUAGAAAAACUCUAUUGGAAUAUGCGCCACUAGAGAGGGCACUCCAUUAAUCAAACGAAACGCACCGCAAAAGGAGCGGAGUGAACGAGGAUUACCAGCAAACAUGGCACCCACCCCCUUGCCCCUCCCUCUGCCACUCGAACAAAUGCCCGGCGUCGGUGGCGGAGGAGGCGGCUAUUUGCCCGCUGGCCAGGAGGGAGGUCCGCGUAUCAACACCAUGUCCAUGUCUGUGCUAAUCGACUUCAUCAUCCAGCGCACUUACCACGAGCUUACUGUUUUGGCUGAACUGUUACCCCGCAAAACGGACAUGGAGCGCAAGGUGGAAAUCUACGACUACGCGGCCCGCACUCGCCACUUGUUUACCCGCUUGAAUGCGCUAGUCAAGUGGGGCAACUCGGUGUCAAAGGUGGAUAAAUCCUCGCAGAUAAUGAGCUUUCUGGACAAGCAGAACAUGCUCUUUGUGGAGACCGCUGACAUGUUGGCCCGCAUGUCACGCGAAACUUUGGUUCGUGCCAGAUUGCCCAACUUCCACAUACCCGCUGCCGUUGAAGUUCUGACCACUGGCACUUAUAAUCGACUGCCCACUUGUAUCAGGGAGAGGAUUGUUCCCGCCGAUGCCAUAACGCCGGCGGAGAAAAGGCAGACACUGCUCCGCUUAAAUCAGGUUAUUCAACACCGCCUAGUCACUGGGAAACUGUUGCCGCAAAUGCGAGAGUUCCGCAUCAGGAACGGAAGAGUUACCUUUGAAGUGAAACACGAGUUCAGUGUCUCUCUGACCGUAAUGGGCGAUAACCCAACUGUUCCCUGGCGACUGCUGGACAUCGAUGUGCUCGUGGAGGACAAGGAAACUGGGGACGGAAAAUCCUUGGUGCAUCCCCUGCAGGUCAACUACAUCCAUCAGCUUAUCCAGGCUCGUCUGGUGGAAAAUCCCAAUGCCCUAAGCGAGGUCUACAACUGCCUGCACUACUUUUGCCAAUCUCUGCAGUUGGAGGUUCUGUAUACGCAGACACUUCGUUUGAACUAUGAAAGACUUGACGACAACAACAUCACGGUGGAGGAGUAUGUUCCCGGAGUGAAGCUAACGGUGUCGUACUGGCGGGACCUAAAGUCGGAGCUGGGCUACCGCCUCACCGUUCAGUCGGAUCCCAGCGAGAUUGGUCGUCCCCUAGCAGUGGUCCAUGUGCCCUCACUGGGCGCCAAGGAGUCCGCCGAAGUGGCAGAUCGGGCAGUGCGCUCCGAGCACCUUUCGAUGGAGCGUCUAAUUGUGCACACUGUUUAUAUACGAUCCGUAUCCAGGCUAAGCGAUCUAAAGCUGGAGUUCCAGGCCUUUUUGAAGGAUGUUGACUUUAACCUUCAAGGUACUCCAGCUAUUUUGACCGUGCCCGUACUUUCUCCCUGCCUGAGGGCCGAGCAGAUCCACAUCACCAUCGAUACGCACACGGGUAUGUUCCGCUGUCAUGUGCCCAAGCAUCUGGAUUGUCCAAUCACGGAGGAGAUGCAAGACUGCCUAAACGGGGAUCGAGGCAAGCUGCCUGCUUUGCUAUCGGAGCUGCGCUUCUGGAUCACUCAUCGCAGGUGCGACAAGACCCUGCAACACCUCCCGGCCACGGCCACCGAGACACUUCCCUUCCUGACGCCACCAGAGCAGGAGCUUUUGCAGCCUGGCAGGCACAAGAUCUAUGUGAAGCUGCACAGGCAUCCCAAUAUUGUGCUGGUGGUUCAACUCAAGGAAAAGUCAACCAUGCCCAACGAAAUGGAGUACACCUUCCACCUGGGCUUCGUGGCCUUCCAAAAGGACGAACAGGAUGUGAUCGACGACUCCGCCAAGCAGCUAGUUUCCGUGGUGGCCCAGCCGCACUCGGACAUUCCAAAGUGUUACUCCAAGCUGAUGCGUCUCAUCGAGUUUGACACUUUCGUAGCCACACAUGGACCUGGAACCGAAGUAGAUGCAGAAGUGUCCCCGCACAAGCGCAAAUCGAACGGGGAUUUGUUGGCGCCUCCUGCCAAGCAGCAAAAGACGAUCUUCCCAGCUUACUUCAUUCCCGAGCUGGCUCAUGUGGUUGCCAUGUGCGACGAAAAGAUUCCGUUCAUGAACCUCGCGCAGACCUUGUCCAAGCACAAUAUCCCCCACAGCGGACUGCAGGUGGAAGCGAAUGCCACAUCGCUUGUGCUUAAGAUUCUAGCACUGCCUCAGCCGGGGAAGACAACAUUUGUUAACCAGCAACAGCAGCAGCAGGGACCAGCUGCAGGAACUGGAGAAAACAAACCAAGUGGCGCCUCUGGACUUCCGAAAAUUGAGCCCCACGUGUGGGACGAUUUAAUGCGCCGCGUUUUGUCCAUUUCGGUGCGUUCGCAGACCAACAAAAACAGUCAGGUGCGAAUCUGGGUGGUGGAGUUCGUCUUCUACAGCACUCCUCUGCAGAGCAGCCACCAAAAGGAGCAGGGCAGUCGACGAACCGUGUACCUCACCUACGAACAGGCCAACCACGACUUCUCCAAAACGGUCGAGGAUCUGCUCAACGACUGGUCGAAAAUCGUGUACCUGUACACGCUGGUCUACGAUUUUGCCGAGCAGCUGAGAAACAAACGCCUUUCCCUCUGCGACAUGCUGGUGGUCAAGUCUUAUAGCUACAUGAACCUGCUUCUCGGUUACGGACCCAAAAAGGAGGUAAGCUGCAAUAUCUACUGGUCAGUGCAAUCCCACGGCUUCCGCUUGACCUUCGUGGGCGGAAUGUCGGCGGUGAACGCGCACUCGAUGAUGCGGGACCAGCUAGCUCAGCACUUGAACCAGCAGCACAGCCUCACCCAGAUCGCCCAGAUUCUGCAUGAGACCUACAACCCCAUGAGCUCCAUCGCCAAGCUUCCAGUGCUGCCUUUCCUGGGAAUACCACGCCCUCAGGUUCCUGUUCUGUCGUUCUGCAUGCUGGCCCAAUCGCCUUGUCUGAUGAGGCUGACAUACCAGGCCGUCUACUGCCUGGAGCUGCGCUUCCGUGCCAACAGACUGGUCUCCAUCCGAGAUGGAGCGAGCAGUCGCUUCGAGCGCAACGUGGUGGAGGAGUUCACGCCGAUCCAGGGCCUCAAGGCCUUCCUCUCCAAGUACGUUGACGAGUCGGCUGCCUACAGAGGACGUGCAGCCCACGAGGACGACAAUCCGCUGUCCCCCAUGGAGGAUGCCUUUGGCGGUCCGAGCAGCGUGGCAGGAGUGAGUGCUGGCGGAUCUUCCCCGUUCCUGUGCACUGGGAUGCGAGGGCCACAGUCACCGAGAGACAGCGGGUUACGUUUCCCAGCUCCCCACACGCCGCCUUCCAGUUCCAAUCCACAUACGCCCGCCAGUCCGCAUCCAAGUGCUGGGGCGGCUGGUGGAAGCGGUGCCCAGGGACAUGGAAACUUUAACCUGACUUCCCCGCCAGCGCCGCACAUGCCACAUCCGUCGCCGAGCGGCCUGAUGCCUUCCUCGCCCCUGAAUCCUCAGCCAAGUCCGCACAUGGUCCACAGCCCGGGACCCAACACCCUCUACAUGCAGAGCCACCAGGACUCGCCCUUCACGGCCAUGUCGCCGGCGAAUAACAACUGGCCCGGGUCGCCCAGCAUGCCGCGCCCCUCCCCGCGACCUGGACAGAGUCCGGAGCACAAGAGCACAGGCGGCGGAGCGGGAGGAGCCGGUGGACCGGACAGGGCAGGCUCACGGGUCACUCUGAAUCGCCCCUGGGCCGGAGCAGUGCCCACUCUGCUCACGCACGAGGCUCUGGAGACCCUGUGCCGGCCCAGUCCGCACCCGAACAAGGACAUCAACGUGCCGGACAUGAGUCCACUGGAGCGCUUCCUGGGCUGCGUGUACAUGAGGAGGCAGCUGCACCGAAACAUCCAGAGCGAGGAGACUCUGACCGCUCUCAACAGCACGGAGCCGGGAGUGGUGCUCUUCAAGGUGGACGGACUGCAGUGCCAGGUGGUGCUGAACCAGAUGCACAUGCAGACGCUGCACCUCAAGAUCUCGCAGCUGCCGCCCAUGCCCGACAAGCUGCCGCCGCCGUUCCAGCUGAGCCAGGACGACCUGAUGGUGAUCGAGCAGUACUUCGACACCCGGGUGGCCGCCCCGCCCUACAGACCCAACUCCCUGCACAGCAUCUGCCGGCUGCUGAACCUGCCCGCCCAGGUGCUCAAGGACUUCGUGCAGAUUAUGCGGCUGGAACUGAAGCCCGAGCUGGGCGGCGACCAGUUGAAAUGGACGGUGCAGAUGUGCAUGCGCAUGCCGCCCUCGGCGGUGCCCAUCGUGCCCAUCGGCAACGCCUGCGUGGUCCUGGGGCGCAUGAAGAUCCUGUUCUUCCUGCAGAUCACGCGGAUUCCCUACGGCGCCGGCAUGGGCGUGCCCAAGGACUGGAAGGACAGCCCCUCGCUGGUGCUGCCCAUCGUGUACGACAUCCAGACGAACGUCACCCAAAUGGCAGAGCGCACCGGACAAGUUACAUCGCCCACCAUGACCGCCGCGAGCACUCUCCUCCGUCGCUUCGCCGAGUUCAACGCCCAGCAGAAUCAGUGCACACUCUUCCCGGCCAUCACGGAUCUGCUGACGAACCUCCAGCUGGCCACCGAGAUGCCCCAGCCGCCGCCCAACCAGUCCAUUGGACCACCGGUGGGCGUGGGAGUGGGAGUAGGCGUGGGUGUGGGAUCCAGUCCGAACCCGAUGAUGCCCAUGCAGCAGCUGCAGCCGCAGCAGGUGGGACCCCAGGGACCCGUCGGUCCUGGGGUCUACCCGCAGAUGGGACCCAAUCCCGGUGGUCCGCAGUGAUGAAGGCGCAAGCGCCGCGCCUCCUCGCAGCAGCCGUGAGCUGAGUGCCUGUGAGCUGGCAACCGGAACGGCGAUCGAUUAUUAAUUAUUGAGUUUAUUAAAUAGGAGACCACACAAAUCCACUUUUCUCUGGGGUGAGUCGAUUGUUUUGAAUAGCUGAAAAUCGAUCCACUCUAUGAUACUCAAAAUUUGGUAAAGAUACUUUGUAAUUUAUAUUUGGCAAUGCCAAAAUGUUUGAACACCGAUUAAAAACAUCUGGAAAUGUCAUUCAAUAGCA